AAAGAUGCCGGCGGAGGAGAAGCGGUGGGAGACGUUGGAAGCUCUGCGCAACUCGGAGAAAGGGCGGCUGCAGUACGAUUCGCGAUGGCUGGAGGAGGGAGAAGAUAUUUUGCAACAAUGCAGAUCUUCUCCCAAGCUCUCUGUCAGUUCAGCAUGGGUAUUGGACCACCUUUUCCAACCAGAAACUGAAACUAACACCUCUGAGAGUUUAACACCCCUGAUCUAUGGCCUCACCAAUGAUGACCAGCUCCAGGAGCCAUCUGUUCCUCCUCCAGACCAAAUAACAGAAGAGAAAACAACUAAUAAUAUUGUUCAGGAGGAAGUGCAAGAAUUGACUCCAGAGCAUACACUUUUGCUCCUUUCACCUGAAGCUACCCAGAUUGAAGGCUAUGUUAAAAAGUUUGAGGAAGCCCACAAAUUCAAGAGCCACGCUGAAAUAAAACAUCGCCAGGAACUACAUCAGAGAAGCAUUCAGAGUUUUUCAAACACAGCAGCUGAAUUGUUGAAACGAUUUGAAGAAUCCCUGGAGCUUGAACAACGUCAGGAAUAUGAGAAGAUGCGUGAUAUGAUGGAGAAAGGGUCAAUUGAAGCCCAAGGACGUCAAGAAAAGUUAAAGGAAGAGCAUCGUCGCAGAGCUAAGAAUAUAAAUCUGAAACUUCGAGAAGCUGAACAACAGCGACUGCGCCAGGAGGAACUCGAGCGUCAGAAGCAGGCAGAGAGCCGGGAACGAGUUCGGAAGCUGAACUGCAUCCAGGCAGAGGUGCUGCAUCUGAACAUGCAGAUUGAGCCCUACUUCAAGCAGAAGGAGCUGGUGGGGCUGGACCUUUCGGGAUACAGUAACCGUGGCAAUCAGCUUUGUAGCCUGGUGUCAGGAGUGAUUAAGCUCACAUCAGAGGGUGGUGUGCCACUUCAGGAGGACAUUCUGAAUGCGGAGCGAGCUUUGGUGCAAAUGCGAGAGCUGAUCGCUGACAUGCAUGAGAAAAUUGCUGCAGCAGCUGCCGAGAAGAAGAGGAUAAAGGAGGAGGAGGAGAAAGCACUUCAGAAAAAGCAGGAAGUCAAAGCUGAAGUAGAAAAGCCAGUGCCACAAGAGAAAGCCAGUCGUAAAGAAGGGCUGCAGAUAAAAGCAGAUGCAAGCAGUAUGCAGUGGUAUCAACAUUUGCAGGAUAUUUGUGACCAAUGUGCAGCAUCCAUUAACGAUCUUAAUAACAGUAAGGAUUUCAAGGUGAAGAAGAUUAAAAUGGACCUUCAAAAAGCUGCUACCAUUCCUGUUGGUCAGAUCUCCUCCAUUGCAGGGUCCCAUCUGCGUGAAAUCUUUGAAAAAAUCAAUAAUCUGCUGUUGGGCAAGCAAAUAUCAUCAGGUGGGAAGAUGGUGGCAAUUUCUCAACACCCACAAGGGAAAGAUUUUGUCUGUUACAAACUAGCAGAAAAAUUUGUGAAACAAGGGGAGGAGGAAGUGGCGUCUCACCAUGAAGCUGCGUUUCCAAUAGCAGUGGUUGCUUCAGGCAUCUGGGAGUCUCACCCAAAGGUUGGCGAUCUUUUCUUGGCCCACUUGCACCGAAAGUGCCCCUAUGCAGUACCAUUUUUCCCUUCAUGGAAAGACGGGCAACAAAAGGAAGAAUACCAAAGGUUACUGGGGUACCGAGUGCUGGACAAUGGUGUUGAGCAGCAGGACAACUUCUUGAAGCGGAUGUCCGGCAUGAUCCGUCUGUAUGCAGCAAUCAUACUGUUAAGGUGGCCAUAUGGAUCAAAGCAAGCAGAGCAUCCUCAUGGGCUGAAUCAUGCUUGGCACUGGCUAGCUCAGAUGUUGAACAUGGAGCCACUGGCUGAUAUUACUGCAACACUGCUGUAUGACUUCUUAGAGGUCUGUGGCAAUGCCUUGAUGAAGAAGUACCAGAAUCAGUUCUGGAAGAUGAUCAUCCUGAUCAAGAAUGACUACUUCCCCAGAAUUGAAGCAGUUACAGGCACCGGGCAGGUUGGAGCUGUGAUCAGGCUGCGCCAGUUUCUGGAGAAAUGCUUGAAGCAAAAAGACUUUCCUCCGCCAAAGGGUUACCUGCACCCUGCAUUCUGGAAAUCAUGACCAUUUAAAGGAUACAUUAAAAAGCCAAGGAAAUCAGAACUGCUCAUUGAAGUCACUUUUUAAAAUUUUAUAGUUACAUUAGACACAAGGUUUAAUUUAAGUGGGUUCAUUGGAAUGUUUUCCAUUUUAGUUUUUGGUUUUGCACUCUCUCCUUGGUGCUGAUGAUGUCUUCAUGCAAUGUAAAAAAAAUAGUUAUGCAGUUCUCUCAACUAUAAUAACUAUAGGAUGUCAUGUUUCUGAACGAACCUGUGAGGCUUUGGUUGUUGACUGUUUUUUGUUUAUAUUUAUUAUAACGCUAUCUUGAGCUAAUCUUGUGGCUAUCAUGAUGUGAAACAAUUGAUGUCCAUCUUAAUUAUAAAAUCAUCAAGUACAGUGUAAUGAAAACUAAGGACAGUUGUUUUGUACAGCUCAGUGGAUUGAAGGAAACCUUGUGUAGUGCUGCAUGUUUAAAUUUUAUGAAGCGGUUAUGACAUCUUAUCAGUGUCCUUCUAUUGCACAUUGGUCCAUUCGUGACAUUAUUAAUGUGUAAACUGCAAAAUACUUUGCUUUUGCUUAGCAAAGUGUCUGUUUCAUUUUCUUUUGAAAAGAGUUGUCUUUUUAAAAUAGUAUUUUCCUCCAAUAGCCAUGAAAUCUGAGUAGUUUGGUGGUGGGGAGGGAAAAUGCCAGACAAUAUGUUCACGUCCAUGAAUAGUAUUUUUCUUGUACAGAGGAGAAUCAUGAGUAUUUAAUAAUCCACUACCACUGCCCUACCUCCGUACCCCCUUUCAGUGAGUUCAAUUCAACCCUGUUUGAAGUAGUGACUGAGGUGGGGAGUUCGUUAGGUAGAUGAUUGUUUAUUAGUUUCUACCUCCACCCCCUCUUGCUAUCUUUGUCAGUAGAGUAAGAGCAUAUCCUUUGCUUGGAGCCACUACAAACUAAGCUGAAAACUGGAAUAAGAUUAUGAAGUUUUGUUUGUUCACUGCCUAGCUGUGACAUGUUAGGCAGUAGUCUACAUGUCACUGUGUGUUUUGAUCUUUGUAUGCUAGUAUUUUUGCUCAAAUAGCCCCCCAUUUUAUUUCCUUCACCCAGCCUUAUCUCACAUCCUCCUCUUCCUUUCUCCCUCAUGCACACUGAAUACACCUAGAAUCUCCUUUACUGGAAGUUGUUGCCAAUACUGAACCUCUGGAUUGCAAUGUAUUUACAGCAAAGAAACAGGCCAUUUGGCUCAACAAACUUUUGCUGGUGUUCAUGCGUCACACAGUUCUCCUGUCUCUCCACAUCAAUAUCUACCAACAUAGCCUUCUGUUACUUUAUCCCUUAAGUUUAACCAAUUUUACCUUAAAUGUAUUUACACUAUUCACCUCAACUAUUACCUGUCGUGCCACAUUAUGUCCACACUGACAAAAUAACUUUCUCUCAAUCCCUUUUGGAUUUUUCUGUGACCAUCUUGUAUUUAUAACCCGUAAAUGGAAAAAUAUAUUCCACACUUACCCUAUCUAAUCCCCAAGUUUAAAGAGCUCUGUCAGGUUACCUCUCAACCUUCACCCUAGUAGAGAAAAUGUGAUCAAAUAUUUUUUUAUCCAAAAUAAAAUAAGAAAUUUUAGAUACCACUUUUUUAUUUUUUUAGAUUAAAAUAGAUUUACACAAGUGAAGGUAAGUAUGGACCAUGAGUCUGAUGCAUAUGUAACUAGAAAAUAUGUAUUUUUGUGAUAAAUUCUCAAAUAAACAAAAUAGAAUUCUGUUUGUAAAUAAUUAUUGAAUAGGCUGUUGACCACUCAAAGGAUGUGAAUGGAAACUUUGAAUAAGUUAUUGAGUAUGGUGAAGUGUUGUACUUUUGGCUUUGUGGGGUAGGCUAUGAUACCCUGUUAAAGGAGAAUUGUACUUAUUCAAAUACAGGCUGUUUUGAUUAGAAAAUUAGACCCUAAACUGCAACGGUAACUGGAUUUACCUCUAAGGAUUACUUCUUGACCAGGACUGGGAGUGUUGAUCUAAAGCAGGCAGGAAACAGAUCAGAUUAUCAGCUCAAUAUCACAUGUGUAACUCAUACAGACCACUGGAGAGAUAGUGAUGAGAAAUAAUAGAGCAAUUUAUGAAUACUUGGUUCGCAAGCAUUCAUAGCCUCACUUUAAUGUUAAGAGCACCAUUUGAGAUCCUAUUCAGUGUUACCAUCUUUUUCUGUGAAGAACGUUUAUUUCUAUUGAAUUGAUGUAAACUUCCCUAAAUGUGGGGAGAUUUUUUUUAAAAGGCAUAUGUUAAUAUGUGCACGUCUUUAUCAACUACUCCAAUGCACCAUGAAUUGUUCUAAGGCAACCAAUAUUGGGUUUGGUCUUCUCGUGUAUCAACUUUUCCCUACUAAUACAGACCAAGGAGGUUCCUGAAUUCAAUCCCAUAAUUCAGCUGGGGUCAGCCAUGACAUAGUACAACUUGACCUCUGCUUUCCUGGGCUAGGCACAAAGGGGAACAUUGUUAUAAACUAUGCGUCAGUGUGAAAUAAAUGACUAACUGCUCGUUGAA